AUGAAGAUCUUCUCGCUAUAUGGAUCAAUUCAAAAGAACCUUUUUCCUUGUGGCGACGACGUUUGCUCGUAUGCAAAUCUCUUACGCGCCAUGUUCGCUUCUACAUCAACGUCUUACCUCAACAAACCGCCUACCGAAGGUCCCAAAGAUCGGCGAUACGACAACCAGAAUUCACCCAUUAUCGUCGUAUUAUCAACCGAUACAGCCCCAAAUCAGCUUUGA